UGUCAGCUCUCCUCAGCGUCGGGCCGAGGAGCUGUGUAUGUUGAGCUGCUGCGGCCGCAGGCUGCUGCACAUCCUGGGCCUUAGCUUCCCGCUGCUCACCCGCCGGCCGCUUUUUCUCUGCCCUCACCGCCUCAUGAAACCGCUGGUCGUGUUCGUCCUCGGCGGUCCUGGCGCCGGCAAGGGGACCCAGUGCGCCCGCAUCGUCGAGAAAUAUGGUUAUACACACCUUUCUGCAGGAGAACUUCUUCGUGAUGAAAGGAAGAACCCAGAUUCACAGUAUGGUGAACUCAUUGAAAAGUACAUUAAAGAUGGAAAGAUUGUGCCAGUUGAGAUAACCAUCAGUUUGUUAAAGAGGGAAAUAAACUCUAUUAUUAAAAAUGGAUCCCCUUUGGAGUUUGAUACAUUCUUUGGGUUUAAUAUUGCAAUUAAAAUAUGCCUCUUUUUUUUCUCUAUAACAAAUAAUUCCAUAUUUAUUUGA